GUCUCACACUAGUGUAUCAUGUCGAAAUCAAACGCGCUUUUCAACGAUCGGUUCAAAAUGCGUUUAUUUUUCCUGUUUCACGUGCUCCACAUUUCUCUGUGCGUUGCCACCAGCAGCGACAUAAUUUCGGGUCAAAACGCAGUGCUGCCACCACAAACCCCAGAGUCAAAGACCCCACAACGAAAGAGCCAUUCAGAAGGGUCAGGGACCCCAAGUGAUGCAACUUUCCAUCUGGUCGACCGCACUGUUUACCCGAGUGGAGCUUCGUCCUCAAGUGGAGAUCUCCGGUUCGCGGAAAGCGCCGACUCAACAAAGCAAGGCCAGUCCUUCACGCCGUCGCACCAGUCAAAACAAAACAUUCCCAACGCUCUCAACUACGUACGCAGAGAGAAGUACAACGCCGUGCCCAUGAUCUAUCCACAACCGCUUCGAGAUGGUCAUGCCAGCAAGUAUGCUGCAUAUUCUAGUAGAAAUGGUCGUGUUCCAGAAUCCAGAAUCCAAAAUCCACAUCCAUCCAGUGACGUGAUGGGUUUUUCUAGCCCACGGAGGCACCAUGAUCCCUCCAGUGCCUCCGCUGAUUCUGACCCUGAGAGCUCGCCAGCAGGGACAAUCGAUGCCCCUGGAAAUCCAAAAUUCCUUGGCUCUGGUCGAAAAGACAACUCACUAGCGGAGGCAAUGCAUGGUCAUGCAGACACUGCAGGAUCAUCUGACUUAAAGAGCGAAGAAAUCUCGUUAGCUAGGGCAAUCUACGAUUUCGAAAAUCCUUCAGGGGCGACUUGCCCUAGUGGAAAAGAAAAUUCCUUACUUGAAAUAUUGCAUGAUGUUGGAGAUCCUAAAGGGUUGUCUAGCCCCAGCGGCAAAGAUAAAUCGUUACCAGGGGCAGUUUAUGACCUUGGAGACUUUCUUGGCUUAUCAGAAUCUCGGAGCAAAGGUCCUGAACACGGGAACCCUUCGGAUAUCUACAAAAAAUCUACACAUAGUAGUUCAUCAGAGCAAAAUUCAGGAAAGUCAGCGGUGACGGGCGCUCAAUCUGAGCAGACUAUUCCAAAAUUUAAGGAAUAUUUUCGAACUUCCAAUCAGAAGGAGACUGAGGAGACUCAAUUUUCCGUAAAAUCAGCGACGGAUGUUCCACGUUUCGGCUUUCCUGUCCGAAGUUCCGGUCAGAAUGUUAAACUGUCGACGAAAAACACACCGGUGAAAAAUCUUCUUGCGGCAGUUUCACCCACUGGCUCAAAAUUCAAUGAAAACGCCGGUUUUGCGAUGAAAUUCUUGGAAACCGUGCCAAAUUUCAGAUCGGACCGAGUUCCGAAGUCCACACUUCAUGACUCAAUGGGUGACAAGUAUCUCGAGCUACUGAAAAGUUUUGCUGAAAGUGCAAAAUCAGAGGAAUAUCAAGAGGCUGUUGAUAAUUACAACUUGAGUGAAGCACACAUUGCAGCCGAUCCUAGCUCACCGAGCCUCUUCUUAAAAUCAUUUCAACCUAGCGUAAACCAUCAGAGCAAUAAUCAGGACCAACCCAUUGAAGUUCGAGACCUAUUUCCCCGAAAUUCAGUUGAAAUUCGCAAUAAUCCCGUUCUAAGUAACGGCGAACCGUCUCAAGGAUCGACAACUUCGGUGAAAACUCAAAUCACGUCACCAAGCUCAAUCGGUCACCAAUCCCUAGACGACCUCAGCGAGGAACUCGAUUCCCGGUUCCCGGACCAAAUCCAGAAGCAGAAACGACAAGAACACUGGACCAAUCCGGAAGCCCAAACCGACCUGGGGAUCGCCAACUCCGUCCUACGUUCCGGAGAGCGAGAGAUGCUCUCUGGCAUAUCCACCGUAUCCGGAGCACCGAUGAUGGAUGAUGAGGCUUCGGUGGAAAACUACUCCUACGAGCGCCGUCCAGAAACUCACCGUCCAACGUUCGACGAGGGCCCGGGGUAUCCACCCUCGGAUAGGAGGGUGAGGUACGAGGUGCACGGAGACAGGGUGGUCGUCUACAAAGAUGGACUAACCCCACUGUUGUCCGGGGUGUCCUCCGAUGAGAGGGAGUCAUUUCUCCGCUCGAUGAACGGACCGCGAUACUACUCGCCACCCACACCCGAAAACCAGUUCAUAGUUCCGACCUACGAACCGGUUUCUGGUGAGACGGGGAACCGGUGGCUGCCCGGUGCGGUUUGGGAUGAUGAUGAGGUUUACCUGCGGGCCGCGGGCGGGUACAGAGCCGCGUACCAGGAGGCGUGUCGCGCCGCCAAGGAGAAUGCUCAGGCCGAGAAGAAGGUAUCCAGGAAGAGGGGGAGGCAAAGGUCCGGGAAGAGGCCCAAGAAGGUAGGUGCUUCGCGGCGAAAGUUGGGCGAGAAGAAGUCGAGGGCGAAAAGCGCGGAGGAGGGAUGUGAUGAGGGUGAAAGGGGUGAGAAGGGUGAGAAGAGACAAAAAAGGCCUCGUGGGUUCUUAAGGGUGCUUGACGUCAUCGGAAGGAGGCCGGAUGAUAUCGUCGACCGGGUCAUGAACCGCUCUUGGGAUCGACUCUAUCGUGGUCAUAAAAAUCGUUGGGAUUAUAACUUGAACUGACUUGCUACGGAAAAACGUCGUAUGAACCUUCAGGCGUUGCCAAAUUUCCUUUGAUAAAACGCGAAU